CUGAUUUGUUUUGUUUCAGGAGAAAUGGUUCAGAAGACACAUCUGAGAAUGUCUUCACUGCUGAAUCAAGACAUUGGUUUUUUGUCAGCACAUGUUGGAGACAAAGUGACAUUGCAAUGCUCACAUGAAGGCGAUGAUGUUGCAUGGAUCUGCUGGUACAUGCAAACUUUGGGACAGAAGCCAAAACUCAUUUCUAGCUCCUUUCUCUAUGGGACUGAAGUCACUUUUUAUGAUGAAUUUAAGAAUAAUUUGCAUUACAUUCCAGAUAGAAAAGAACAAACACAUUAUUUGACUAUUUUAAAUCUAAAAAUGUCAGACUCAGCAACGUACUACUGUGCAAUUAGCUAUAAACAAAUUGUGAAAUUUGUAAAUGGAACUACAGUCAGUGUUAAAGGUUCAGGUUCUAACAUCCAAGCUUCUAUCCAUCAGCUAGAAUCUGAGACAGUGCAGGCAGGAGACUCUGUGACUCUGAACUGCACAGUACAAAUUGGUAGUUGUGAUGAAGAACACAGUGUUUACUGGUUCAGAAACAUUGAAGAAUCUCAACCAGGACUAAUUUAUACCCAUGGAUACAGGAAAGAUCAGUGUAUGAGAAAUCCCAACACAACAAGUAAAAUCUGUGUGCACAACCUGUCGAUGAAAAACCUGAAUGAAUCUCAUACUGGGACCUACUACUGUGCUGUUGCCUCAUGUGGACACGUUGUGUUUGGAAAUGGGACAAUGUUGAACUUGUCAUAUGAGAUAAAAUUCCUGGUUUAUUUCUUGGCUGGAUCUUCAACAACCCUCCUUUUGGUUAUAUUGAUUGCCUUUGGGUGCAAACUAAGUAAAAAAUACUACCAAACUGCAGCUACAACAGAGGGCAACAAUCAAGAUACAGACGGACUCCACUAUGCAUCGAUAAAUGUUAACCAUUCCAACAGGUCUCAAAGACAGAGAAGUAGCAUAGAGACUGAAUGUUUUUACUCCAGCAUAAGUCAAAAUAAAUAA